UCUCCCAGAGAUCCAAUCUGCAGCGGGCUGAAUUAUGACGUUCUAGAUUUCACAUGCUGUGAAGGAAUACGUCAUAAAGGGACGGGGCAGUCCUGCUGUGGAAACAAGGCCUUUAUCCUGACCCAGGCUUCCUGUUGUGAAGGUGAGCUAGACGGAGUCAUGUCUCCUAGCAGUAUCCCACAAAAUAUAUUCACUUAAACCUGGUAACUGGGUUGAAAUCAUUAUUUUCUCAGGACAAGCUAAGUUUGAAUUGAUAUGCUGUGUGUGUGUUUAUCUGUGACUCAACCAUUGCAGGCCAGCUGACACUGAAUGUGAGCCAGUUGGUAUCAGAUUGCUGUGGGUGGAGGGCCUAUGACCCACUCAACCAGUUAUGCUGUGACACACGGAUCCUAAUCAGGACCCAACCCCAUGACAAGUGUUGUGGAAAAGGUCAGUGAGAUCAGGUCAAUUUACAUCUUUGCUGUCGUCAUUGUUGAUGGAAUUGAGUUUUUUUAAUUCAUAAAAAGGCAUAAAAAGAGGUGGUGUUGUAGUGUGCAUUUUAGGCUUUUCUCUCAAACGGUCUUUCCCAUAGAGGUCUGUCUAUUUCAAAAGCUGUUUGGGAGUCCCUGUGACAUCUCCCACCUGCCCCUCACGGCUUCUAUGCUCACUCGACCCUUCACAAUGUCAAGCUUGUAAAAUAAAAAAAUAUAUGCACUCACUAACUGUAAGUCGCUCUGGAUAAGAGCAUCUGCUAAAUGACUAAAAUGUAAAUGUAAUAAUGUAACACUUGAGCACUUGAAAGCACUUCAGUGCUUUAAACAGUAAAUCUGAUCAAUUGUUAUUACUUGUCCUACAGAGCUUUACAAUGAAGACAACCAGCUAUGCUGUGGAAAUGUCGUUAAAGGAAGGGUCCUGACCAAAAUGUCCAGUCAACACCUGUGCUGUGGAGACCACCAGUUUGACCGGCAAAGCCACUGCUGCUGCUUCGAUUCUGAACGACUAUCCCCAAAGCCUCUCAAUGCAAGCUGCUGUGCAUCAUCAGGGUUUAAUGUUAGUAAAAGGCAACCUACUAGUUUUGAAUGGUUGUAUUGAAACUUCACAUUAUGAUAGUUUGUCAUCUUUGUGUGUAUUUUGUUUCUUUAUUUCAGCACAGGGUAAUUACUCAGAGUUCACCAAA